AACCCUACGAAUUAGCACGACAACGACGAGCAACGAUUUAUGCAGAGAUUAUUGGUUAUGCGACAACUGCUGAUGCUCACCAUAUUACAGAGCCAGACCCUCAAGGAAAAGGUGCAGAAUUAGCAGUUCGGCAAGCAUUAGAUUGCGCAGAAAUUAUGCCAAAAAUGAUCGACUAUGUUAAUGCUCAUGCAACAGGGACAACCAUUGGUGAUCAAAUUGAAAUGGAGGUUUUACAACGUAUUUUUCAAGAAAAUAAUCAACCAUUUGUCUCAAGUACCAAAGGACAAACAGGACAUCUUUUAGGGGCUGCCGGUGCCCUAGAAGCAAUUAUCACCUCUCUAACCAUUCAGACAGGUAUUCUUCCUGUAAACUUAUUUGGUUCACAGCCCAUAGAGACCUGCUCAUUAAACCUUGUUCCAGAAUCUUCCUUGCAAAAACCAGUACGCUACGCCCUUUCGAAUUCUUUUGGAUUUGGCGGUGUGAAUACGGCACUUGUUUUUCGUCAGCCAGAUCUAACGAUUGAUCAUCGUUAA